CCAAAACAACGGGACCUUGACACAUGAGGGGAACACAUAAAUGGCCAAGUAGACCAAGUCUAUGCAUGAUUCGCAUGAUUCUCCAUUCAUCCAACUUCUCCGGAGGACGUUGUCUGUUUGCAUUGGCAAUUCAAUCCAACCUUGUACCAGUUGAUUAUGGGUAAAUAAAACUUUUGUAAUAAAUUCACUUUUGUUGCUGUUUAAGAUUCGGACCUUCCACUACAUAAAAUUGGCGUCACGAACAGGAUGGUCUAGAACGCUGCAAGUUGAUAUCAGGACUUCCGAUAUCUCAAGGCAGACAAAGAUUUGCACGCGCGCAUCUAAAGACAUCCAUCAGCUGAUUGGACACCAAGAAGAAUGUCUCCCUCAUCUGCAGGGGGACAGUUUCACUUUAGAGGAUCCACAGCCCUCACACAUGAAAGAGGAAGAGGAGGGAGAGUGUGUUGUAGGGCAGGAGGAGGAUGAUGUCAGCAAGUUUCCACUGACUGUUGUCUCUGUGAAGACUGAAGAGCAUGAAGACAAAGCACCUGAGUCCUCACAGCUUCAUCACAGUCCAAACGUUCAACAGCCCUUUCACAUUAAAGAGGAAGAGGAUGAUCCACAGCCCACCUACAUUAAAAAGGAAGAGGAGCAUCCACAGCCCACCCACAUUAAAGAGGAAGAGGAGGAUCCACACAUGAAAGAGGAAGAGGAGGGAGAGUGUGUUGUAGGGCAGGAGGAGGAUGAUGUCAGCAAGUUUCCACUGACUGUUGUCUCUGUGAAGACUGAAGAGCAUGAAGACAAAGCACCUGAGUCCUCACAGCUUCAUCACAGUCCAAACGUCCAGCGGGUGUCAGCGGGGAGUCAUGAAGAGGAGUGGCACACCAGUGUGGGACAGAAGGAGCUACAGGCCCCCUCCCACAUUAAAGAGGAGCAGCUUCAUGAUGAAGAUGAAGCUCAGUCCUUACAGCUUCAUCACAGUCAAAGUGAGGAGAACAGAGGGGCGGAGCUUGUAAGUCAACACAUCACAGAAGCUGAUGGAGAGCAUUGUGAAGAUAUCAAGUCAGAACCAGACAGCAUCUUUGCUCCACUGUCAGACAUGGACCACAUGAAGUCACACUCUUCUGAUCACAGUGACCACAUCCAAAAACAUUUGGAGAGUAAAAAUGACUCUAAAGGUGAUACGAGACAUCACACUAACAACAAACACUUUGACUGCUCUGAAUGUGGGAAGUCAUUUAGACUAAAAAUUGAUUUUACAAGACACAUGAGAACACAUAUUGGAGAGAAACCUUUUACUUGCUCUGUUUGUAAGAAGAGUUUCUCCACAAAACCUAACAUGACCACACACAUGAGAAUACACACUGGAGAGAAACCUUUUACUUGCUCUGUUUGUAAGAAGAAUUUCUUGCAAAAGGUACACAUGACCACACACAUGAGAACACACACUGGAGAGAAACAUUUUACUUGCUCUGUUUGUCAGAAGAGUUUCUCCAGUAAGCGAAAUAUGACCACACACAUGAGAACACACACUGGAGAGAAACCUUUUGCUUGCUCAGCUUGUGCUAAAAGAUUCUACUCUAAGAAUGAGGUGAUAUUACACAUGAGAAUACAUACUGGAGAGAAACCUUUUACUUGCUCUGUUUGUAAGAAGAGUUUCUCCAUAAAGCGUAACAUGACCACACACAUGAGAACACACACUAGAGAGAAACCCUUUACUUGCUCUGUUUGUAGGAAGAGUUUCUCCAACAAGCAUCACAUGACCAGACACAUGAGAACACACACUGGAGAGAAACCGUUUAAUUGCUUUGCGUGUGUUAAAAGGUUCAGGUUUAUGUAUCAGGCCAGUAAACACAAGUGUGUAACAGUCAUGGAAGCUGCAGGGAUGUAAAAACACUUAAACAGUGAUUGUGCUAAAUGUAGUUUAAAAACACAGCAUGUUUAAUAAGAAUGUAUAUUUGAUGUUGUAUGUAGUGCUUCUCAUCUUCUAGUCUUAUAUGUUGUCCUGUACUUACUUUUUAAGUUGUGUGCAUGUAUUGAAUAUUAUAUAUGUAGCUACUAUUUUAUUUUAUUUUCUCAUUGUUUAAAGAGAUGGCAUCUUAUUUAAAUUUGUUUUUUUUUGUGUCUUAUAAAAUCACACAUUUU